AUGGGGGUGGAAGGGGAGGGGACGGGGGUGGAGGAGGACAGUGGGGUGGAGGAGGACAGUGGGUUGGAGGUAUUGAAGGUACUCAGCCUCAGGGCUUUGUUAGAGACUCUAGACACCCAGCCUGUGGAAGAGGAGUCGAAGGGGCUCAACCACACUACACACUGGGUUCCUAGGGGUGUGUGGCGGCAGCCUCAGGACCUCCACGAUGCCGUGGGCCUGGGGUUCUAUUGGGGCGGUUCCCAUAGCAACAGGGCCCUGCUCCGCUGUCUGGGGAUAGACACCAGGAACAUGUUGUUCACUGGCCAGAGAAAGCAGCCUGUCAUAGUUCCAGUGUUUGCAACCAGCCUGGGAAUGUUAGAGCCCACCAAAGAGCCGCUGAGACCAGCUUCAGCUGCGGAGAAGACUGCUGCCACAGCACAAGCACUUCCUGGGUCACAGGAAACCACCACCACCUCGUCAAUACAGGGGGCCCCUCAGCCUUGGUCCGAGUUUGACUGGAGCAGCAGUGGCCUUGGCGUCAACCGUCUGGAUGUGGUGGAUACAGAGCUAGACAGUGACACAAGCAGCCGUCUAGCAGACAACCUGAACCACCUCAUGUCUACUAUGGAGAACAGCACUACCUCCACCAGGAAACCCCAUAGGGAUGAGGAGGACCAGCUGAGUGAGGAGGCAGCCAGGGUGAUCUGUGGGCUGGCUGACCUGUCCUUCAUGAAGGCUAAGGUCCUAAUGUUCCCCAUCACCCUCACACCAGCCGCUGGCUCUGGUACACUGCUUGAGUGAUACACACACACACACACAUAGAUGGACACAAACACAGAAGACUUCUCCGCUUCAAAGCCAGAGUGAACAUUAAUGUAUGCGAAGUCAAUAUGUUGAUAAUCAGGAAAAUGCUGAAAUAGUUAGUCUUUUGUUCUGAAUGUAUUGAUGUAUUUAUGUUGUGACAGUGGUUGAGGUCUGAGACUGAUCCACACUUACCUCCAGCCAUCUGCCUCGUUCCUCCAGUGGUUGAGGUCUAAGACUGAUCCACACUUACCUCCAGCCAUCUGCCUCGUUCCUCCAGUGGUUGAGGUCUAAGACGGAUCCACACUUACCUCCAGCCAUAUGCCUCGUUCCUCCAGUGGUUGAGGUCUAAGACAGAUCCACACUUACCUCCAGUCAUCUGCCUCAUUCCCCCAGUGGUCUUACAUCAGUUUCCUCUUUCUCUUUUCAAGAUGGUGAUUUUAUCUUCAUGUAUUUAUUCUUAAUGUGUGUAUAGUUAUUCAUGUCAAUUCAUCAUAAAUCCAUAGGGAUUAUAUUGUAUUUAAUAUUUACAUAACAGAUUGGAUAUAAAAAUAUUUAUAUGAUAUAUGUUUGUGUUGUUGAUCCAGAGUGUGAUUUCCUCUUAAAUGGCACCCUAUUCCCUAUAUAGUGCACUAUUAUUGACCAGAGCCAUAUGGGACCUGGUGAAAACUAGUGCACUACAUAGGGGAUAGGGUAACAUUUGGGACAAAGCCUAUCAUCAUGGGGUUAACUACUGUUAAAGAAUAUAAUAGCACAAGUCUUAAUGAAUAGGGCCUCCAGAACCCUACUAUUUCUGAUUAGUGUCUAGGGGGAAACAGUUCUGUGUGUUCACAUGAUCUGCCAUUAAAGGGGCAAUACAGUAUUGGUACAUCAUUAUUUGUAACCUUUAAAUGAAUGAUAUAUAUAGCCAUUGAUUGUUAAAGAAUGUAACGUAUACAUGCCUCAUGAGCUCAGUUCAACUGUUUUACCCCAUCAGAACCCAUCAGAACCCAUUGCUUGUAAAUAAUGUAAUUGGUAAGUAACGCUGUAUAGCUUCAGACAAUGGUUAAAACUAUCAUUUUGAUCUCGUGGCUCUUUAAAUUUGAGUGGUUUAAUUUCUCCAGCUCCAUCCCUCAGCUGUUUACCAAAAGAAUGUGGUGGGUGGCCAAUUAGUAGUUUGAAUCCCAGAUUGCCCCUUUGAGGGUCAUAUGGUGGUGCUCACAGGUAAAGAGCAAUAUACAUUGUUUUUGUUCCGUUUUGUGUGUUUGAUAUUUGGGUUUGUGACAGUUUCUCACAAUUGUUCCUGCUGCCUGUAUACAUUUUCAAGGAUGCCUUUGCACAUUCUAAAGAUAUGAAAUGAAUGUGACCUAUAGUUAACUGGUGCUUAAUAAUAAGAUCUGUGGAGGAAAACUAUGGACUGGAAAAUGUAAGGGACUUCCUAUGGAAAAAGACUAAAGAGCCUAUGGAAAGGUUUCAAUACAUUCGUUAGGGUCUUUUUAAACUGGUGUGAAUGUAGCUAUUUAUUUUAGUGUACAUACAAAUAAAAAUGUAUUUAAGAAGGG